AGUCUCGCAAUUAGUCCGAUAAAAGGUAAUACCGAACAACGGUGUAGCAAUCAUGAAAUUCUUGGUAAUUUUCGUAGCGAUCGCGUCGGUGUGCUCGGCAGCCCCCAGCGCCAUUCUGAGCCCGCUCGUGGGUGGAGUGGGUGUCGUUGGUCCUCAGGUUGGACCAGCGGUGGUCGCCGGAGCUGCGACCGGGGCCGUCAAAGUAUCUGGACCCGUAGCUGGACCCGCACUGGUAACCGGAGCGGUCGCUGCUCCGUCGGCCGUUGUUGGUUCCGUUGCCGGACCCACCGUCGUCUCUGAACCUGGUCUCGGCAGCGUAAUCGUCGGUAAGUUCCUCCUUCAAAAUUAUCAGGCUCUUCCGAAUUUCAACAUUCCCAAAGUUCCGACUCCUAUUGAAACGAGCUACCGUUCAAGUAUUAACUGUACGGUGAUCGAACGAACUUGACAGGUAACGGAUUAGUAGCUCCGGCAGUGUUAGCCGCACCAGCAGCCACGGUCGUCGCUGGCCCAGCAGCAUCGGCGGUCGUCGCGGGUCCUGUUACCAAAACAGCAGUGAUCGGUGCUUCUUCCUCGGCAGUCGUUACCGGAGGCGUUGCCUGGUAGUAACAGCGCGUUCGGACAGAUACACCUCGUGCUGGCUAAUUCAAGACUACAAGGCAACUUUAUACUUUUACCGUAGUUGUAUUCUGUUACUGUCUAUUUCUAUAC